AUACCCUCCAGAGCCCCAACAUUAUUAGCACAGCUAUUUGGCCAAAGAGACAGACAAGGGACACAGGUGUCAUUAUCAGGAACCUCAACCCCAUUUCUGCAAUUCCAUUCAACCUCUCCCACUUCUAACUUAGUUCUCCUUCCACUUGCACCUUCAUCAACACUUACACACACAAAGUGCAGGAGCAAACACCAACACUAUCACCACUUUCAGAAACAGGAGGAAGAACACAUACCUUUUGCUCUGUGAAGCCAAAGUUGUUAGUUUUUUUCUCAAAUGGGGACGCGAAUCCCUUCUCACCAGCUCAGCAGUGGCCUAUACGUGUCGGGUCGACCCGAACAGCUGAAAGAGCGCCCGCCGACAAUGACCUCACGCUCCGUACCGUACACCGGCGGUGACCCAAAGAAGUCUGGCGAGCUGGGGAAAAUGUUAGAAAUUCCCGGUGUUGAUCAAAAGCCGUCGCGGCCGUCAUCCGGGUCGGUGAGAUCCGGGCCGAACUCGGGCCCCGCAGUGGGGAGGCUUAGCGGGUCGGGGCCCAUGUCGAGGAAGUCGUCUGGGUCGGGGCCGAUAGCGCUGCAGCCAACGGGCCUGAUAACGUCGGGUCCUGUGGGAUCCGGCCCGGUUGGGAGUCGGCGGUCGGGGCAGCUGGAGCAACCGUCUGCAGCAGCGUCGGCAGGGAAGACAGUAUACGGGUCGGCGGUGACGAGUCUGAACGAGGAGGUGAAGGUGGGGUUCAGGGUGUCAAGGGCGGUGGUUUGGGUGUUCAUGGUGGUGGUGGCAAUGUGUUUGCUGGUUGGGGUGUUUCUCAUGGUGGCAGUGAAGAAAGCUGUGAUCUUGGUGGCUCUCGGAGCGGUUAUUGUGCCCGUGGUGGUUUUGAUCGCUUGGAAUUGCGUUUGGGGGAGACGAGGGCUUUUAGGGUUUGUGAAAAGAUACCCUGAUGCUGAGCUUAGAGGCGCCAUUGAUGGACAGUACGUUAAGGUUACGGGGGUUGUAACCUGUGGCAGCAUUCCUUUGGAGUCAUCCUACCAAAGAAUACCGAGAUGUGUAUAUGUCUCCACCGAAUUAUAUGAGUAUAAAGGAUUGGGUGGAAAAUCAGCAAAUCCUAAACAUAGUUGCUUUACUUGGGGUUCUAGAUACUCUGAGAAAUAUGUAGCGGAUUUCUAUGUAUCAGACUUUCAGUCUGGAUUAAGAGCAUUGGUGAAAGCAGGCUAUGGUGCCAAGGUUGCUCCUUUUGUGGAACCAAAUACUGUGGUUGAUGUAACAAAGGAUAACAAAGAGUUGUCUCCUAAUUUCUUAGGCUGGCUUGCGGACCGCAAACUCUCUAGCGAUGACAGGAUCAUGCGCCUCAAGGAAGGGUACAUAAAAGAAGGUAGCACCGUAAGUGUGAUGGGAGUUGUUCAACGACACGAUAAUGUGCUCAUGAUUGUGCCUUCAGCCGAACCUGUCUCAACAGGAUGCCAGUGGAUCCGCUGCCUUUUGCCAACCUAUGUUGAAGGGCUGAUCUUGACAUGCGAAGAUAAUCAAAAUGCUGAUGUCAUUCCUGUUUAGUUUUUUCUUUUGCUUGCAAAUCAGUGUGACACACUUCUGAAAUGACAAAACUGAUGGGGAAAUCCUACACUAAGGAAUCAAAGUACUUUCCACUUGCUGGUUUUGUGUAAAAUGGGUUGCAAGAUUAUUCUAAGAGCACCACUAAAGUUGUCAUGAUAAUCAGAAGAUUUGAUUAAUAUGACGCAGGGAUUCACGAGUCCAACUACAAGCACUUUGAGAAGGUCAUCGAUCAAUGUAUCCACGAAGUUGGGUUGUACUUUUUCUGCUUAUUUAUGUACAUAGGUAGAGGGGCCCGAAGGGAUUCAGAGUAGUUGUGUUCUUAUGUUUGAGCUAAUUCUAGCCGGAAUGUAGCUAAAUUUUAUUUGUCAAGUUUGGUUAACUUGUAUUACUAAGUCGAUAUGAUGUACCCUGCCUGUGUUAGUAGUUGUAAAAAUCGAAAACCAUCCA